AUGUUUCAACAACUCCUACCCUUCGUCCUCCUGAGUGUCUCUCAAGCCUCCUACGAUGAGCCUCGCCUGGUGUACGAGUAUGAAACUCUCAAGGUAAGCUCCUUUGCUGGUAAAACACAUUGCGGUAUAAUCGAGGAGGAGUUCAAGCUUCAUGAACCACACAUGGUCCUCGGCGUCAAGGAGUUUCGCUUCGCCAUCGAUCCGCCUACUGGAGUUACUUUAACCACCUACAUGGAUACUAAACGCAAUCAACGAGCUCAUUUGUGA